AUGGUGAAUCUGGAACCCAUGCACCCAGAUAUCAAGAUGAGUGGGGACGUAGCAGAUUCUACAGAUGCUCGAAGUGCUCUCAGCCAGGUGGACACAGGAAAUGAUCGAAAUGGCUUAGAUUUCAACAGGCAGAUUAAAACUGAGGACCUCAGCGAUUCCCUGCAGCAGACUCUCUCUCAUCGACCAUGUCACCUGAGUCAAGGACCUGCCAUGAUGCCAGGAAAUCAAAUGUCUGGGGACAUGGCCUCCCUCCACUCACUCCAGCAGCUCGUGUUGGUUCCAGGACACCUACAGUCUGUUUCCCAGUUCCUGCUAUCUCAGACCCAGCCUGGGCAGCAAGGUCUACAACCGAAUCUUCUCCCCUUUCCACAGCAACAGAGCUCCCUCCUCCUCCCGCAGACGGGGCCUGGCCUGGCAUCCCAGGCAGUUGGGCGCUCUGGGCUACCAGGAUCUUCUUUAGAACCCCAUCUGGAAGCAUCUCAGCAUCUCCCGGUGCCCAAGCAUCUCCCCAGCGCUGGAGGAGCUGACGAGCCCAGUGACCUGGAGGAGCUGGAGAAGUUUGCCAAGACCUUCAAGCAGAGGCGCAUUAAGCUGGGCUUCACACAGGGAGAUGUGGGUCUGGCCAUGGGAAAGCUAUAUGGUAACGACUUCAGCCAGACAACUAUCUCACGAUUUGAGGCCCUCAAUCUGAGCUUCAAGAACAUGUGCAAGCUCAAGCCGCUGCUGGAGAAGUGGCUGAACGAUGCAGAGUCCUCCCCAUCGGACCCCUCCAUGAGCACCCCCAACUCUUACCCUGCCCUCAGUGAGGUGUUCGGGAGGAAGAGGAAGAAGCGGACCAGCAUCGAGACCAACAUCCGUCUGACUCUGGAGAAGAGAUUUCAAGAUAACCCCAAACCCAGCUCUGAGGAGAUCUCCAUGAUUGCAGAGCAGUUGUCCAUGGAGAAGGAGGUGGUGAGGGUCUGGUUCUGCAACCGACGACAAAAGGAGAAGCGAAUCAACUGCCCUGUGGCCACACCCAUCAAAUCAUCCAUGUACGGUUCCCGGCUGGUGUCUCCCUCUGGAUCUCUGGGCCCCCUCUCUGUCCCUCCAGUCCACAGCACCAUGCCUGGAACAGUAACGUCAUCCUGUUCCCCUGGGAACAACAGCAGGCCAUCUUCUCCCGGCUCAGGACUCCAGGCCAGCAGCCCCACUGCAUCUCAAAAUAACUCCAAAGCGGCCGUGAACUCCUCCUCCAGUUUUAACUCUUCAGGAUCUUGGUAUCGAUGGAGUCAUCCCACCUACCUCCACUGA